AUGAGCAGCGGUCAACUGCGAUGGCUGCAACAAAUACCGUCAGUACUGAUUGCACGAUCCAAACAAUCUGAGCCUGGACGGAACAAGGUCGCGGCAUUUGAUCUGGAUAGUACUUUGAUCAAAACGCGUAGCGGCAAGGUGUAUCCAAGGGAUAGCGGUGAUUGGCAGUGGUGGCAUACAAGCGUACCAGGAACAGUGAGGCGUCUGCAUGAUGAAGGUUAUAAAAUUGUGAUAUUCUCGAACCAGAAUGGUCUAAACUCAAGCCAGAGAGUGAAAAGUUUCCAAAACAAGGUAGAAGCCAUUGUGGGCCAGCUUGGUCUACCUGUGGUAUUCUUGGCUGCACUUGCAAAGGAUCGGUAUCGAAAGCCGAUGACAGGCAUGUGGGAGUGGGUUGAACAGGAAGGCAAUGACGAUGUAGCGAUCGACAAGGAACAAAGCUUCUUCGUGGGUGAUGCCGCGGGCCGUGGCGAAGGAUGGAAACCUCGAGAAAAGAAAGAUCAUUCUGCAGUGGACAGAAAAUUUGCAGCAAACAUCCGAUUACCGUUCCAUACACCAGAAGAAUUCUUUUUGAAAGAAUCCAAGGCAGAAUUUACGUGGGGAUUGUUUGAUCCUGCUUCAUACCCAGAAAUGCCAUUGUUUUCUCCAACACUGACCCCGCUUAUUCCAGCAGACCAAGGUCCAGAAGUCAUUGUUUGUGUUGGAUACCCUGCUAGUGGCAAAUCCAACUUUUGCAAGAAGUAUGUAGUUCCAAAAGGCUAUGCUUAUGUUAACCAGGACACAUUGAAAACGCGGGACAGAUGUAUGAAAGCCUGCCAACAAGCUCUUUCUGAAGGCAAAUCAGCUAUCAUUGAUAACACCAAUCCUGAAGCAUCCACACGUGCAAACUACAUUCGAAUUGCAAAGAAUGCCGGUGUUCCUGCACGCUGUUUCUACUUUCAAGCAGACGAGCAUCUUGCACGCCACAACAACUACUUUCGAGCAAUGCAUACGCGUGCAGGAGAAGAGGGAGUUAAGCGCGAGGUCAUGAGCGAUAUUGCAUUUCGAACAUUCAAGUCCAAGUUACAGACACCUCAACUGUCGGAAGGGUUUGAUGAAAUCAAAAAGAUCAACUUUGUUUUUGAAGGAAGCGAUGAAGAUAAGGCAGCUUGGAGCAAAUGGUGGAUUUAA